CAGCGACUGGCGACGCUUCCAGGCAACGCGUGCGUGCAUUUUCAGCACCACCUUUCUUUCGUUCAUCGCACCACAACAUCGACGUGAUGCCACCGCAUAUUUACGGCAUGUGACGGCGAAUAUUUCACCGGAAAAGAACACCGAGAGGAGACAACUACAGCUAUUACUGGGUGUGUGUAGUUGAGCACAGCCAUGCCUCUUGUGAAGAGGACCAUCGAGCCCAAACACCUGUGCCGAGGUGCCCUGCCCGACGGGGUGACCAACGAGCUGGAAUGUGUCACAAACACUGCACUGGCGACUAUCAUCAAACAGCUGGGAGGACUCAGUCGACAUGCGGAGGACAUCUUCGGGGAGCUGUUUAACGAGGCCAACAGCUUCUACAUGCGCAUGAACAGUUUACAAGAGCGCGUCGACCUGCUGGCGGUGAAGGUCACACAACUGGACUCCACAGUGGAGGAGGUGUCCUUACAGGACAUCAACAUGCGGAAAGCAUUCAAGAGUUCCACUAUUCAGGACCAGCAGGUGGUGUCCAGAAACUCCAUCCCGAACCCUGUCAUGGAGAUGUACCAUCGCUGUGACAAACCACCUCCUCUCAACAUCCUCACGCCAUACAGGGAUGACAAAAGAGAUGGGCUCAAAUUCUAUACCGAUCCAGCCUACUUUUUUAACCUUUGGAAGGAAAAGAUGCUGCAAGCCACAGAAAACAAGAGGAAGGAGAAACGACGGCAGAAGCAAGAGCAAAAGCACAUAGAGGAUCCCACUCGCGGGGUAAAGAAAGUCCGUAAAGCUCAUAACCGGCGUCAGGAGUGGAACAUGAUGGCGUACGAUAAGGAGUUUCGUCCGGACACUCGACUAACACCGUCUCCUUACCAUGGCAUGUCCUCUGAGGGAUCUCUGUCUCCAGAUCGAUCUGGCAUGUCAGAUGAACACUCGUACCCAGCGAGUCCCAGUCACCCGCAGGAAGCAGGUGCAGCAGGAGCUGAUGGGAAGGACACAGGCCCCACACAGACUCAGUCCCUGGACCGAGCGUAUCGGCCCCAAGCCUCUGCCACCACCGCUGCACCUCGACAGCACUCUCUAGGACGCGUUCAGACCCACCACGGACCCCCAGCGGCAGACUCGUCCCUCAACGGACCCCGGCCAACAGCUGCCAAAGAAUACAGGGGCCAUCAAAUCCUGGAGCAUUUUGUCCCGCCUGCCCCUCCUCCACCUCCUCCCCUCAUUCCUUCCUCCCAGACCGCCUUUGACAGCACGUCUGGACCUCCGUCACUGGCUCCGGGGACAGUGGUCUCAUUCUCACGGCCCUACAUCCCAUCUCCUCCCACAGCUCCUCCUUCAGCCUACACUGCUUCACCUUCACAUGCUGUAAUGGGCGGCCCGCCUUUGGCCCCGCCCCCUCCUCCACCAGGACCCCCCACCCACACCCCAUCCCCAUCCCGAAUAAUACACCCGUCUGGAGAGUCUACUCUUCCCAGGAAGGGCCAGGUGCCUCUCAUCCCCAUGAGUGAUGCCCGGAGCGACCUGCUGGCCGCCAUCCGCAGAGGUUUCCAGCUUCGUAAGGUGCAAGAGCAGAGAGAACAGGAAGCCAAAAAAGAGCCAGUGGGUAACGAUGUGGCCACCAUCCUGUCCCGACGCAUCGCUGUGGAGUACAGUGAAUCAGACGAGGACUCUGAGCCGGAGGAGAACGAGUGGUCCGACUGAACCUGAGGAGGCGAGAUCUGCAACCAUAGUGCUGCUAUUUUCCAUUCCUGCACAGAGUACACACUCCUCAUAAGAUCAGAGGGACAUCGGAUGGGGCUAGCGAGGAGAUCAUGACAGAGAGGGAAGGAAACAGAAUUAGUGCAAUGCAAGGUGAAGGACACAGGGCAGGUGCAAAAAUAAACAGAUGACAAGAAAGUUUGGUGAGGUAAGCACAGGAACCGUUAGAAUACAGUUUGUCUAAUUAUCAUAAUGUACAUUCAACAUGCUAGCAUUUCUUUAAGAGUCACCAAGAAAAUGCUUAAUGAAAAGAAAUCGUUCUAUGUUUCUGAUUAUAUAUUUUGGUAGCUGUCCAGAGAAUAUAGAGAAAUACUUAUCCAUCUUUUGUGGUACACGAAAAUGAUGGUCAACAGUGGUAUUAGCACUUUAGCACUAAUUUGAUGUUACAGAUCAUUGCCACAGUGUUGUUACACACACAAAUGUGUCGUGAAAUCUCUGGCUUGCUUCACAUGAGAUGCCCUGAAUACAGUAUGGACAAUCAGAUCAUCGCUGUCAAAGAAUUUCUCCUUCAAUACCACAACUCUCCAUUAUCCAAAACUUGUCACUUGUGGACAGUGUUGUGAUGAAUAUUUAUACCCCAGUUAAGCAGUGAGUAAAUUUCUUGAUGCUCUUGUUGUUUGCUUUUUUAUUUCUCUAUUUCACAAUAUGGCCAAUAAUUUAUUACUGCUUUAACUGUUUACUAAUCGUGUGUGU